AGGGCCGCUGUCAAAAAAGAUCAACUUCCGCUUUUACAACCGAUCUACGCAUCUCCUCGGGCCUUUGCUGUUCUUUUCCGGCUGUCAAUUGCAAGGAGGAGACAACCAUGGCUCCGAGAUACGAAAUGUGCGUCGGCCUGAACAAAGGCCACAAGACGACCAAGAUCAAGCAGCUUCAGUACCGCGGUGAUCGCAAAGUCAAGGGAAUCCGCCCGUCUCGCCUGAAGGGUAUCCAAACCAAGCACACCAAGUUCGUGCGCGAUCUGGUGCGUGAGGUCGUUGGCCAUGCCCCGUACGAGAAGCGCGGUAUGGAGUUGCUGAAGGUGUCCAAGGAUAAGCGGGCGCUCAAGUUCCUGAAGCGACGCCUCGGCACGCAUAUUCGCGCCAAGAGGAAGCGCGAAGAACUGUCCAACAUUUUGGCUCACAUGCGCAAGGCGGCGCACAAGUAAGCUCCCUUUGCCUCCUCUUCGGUCGGUGGCAGUUCCAUGUUUUCUCGUUCGAUUGGAUGGUAAUAACCACGGUUGUGGGUUUGGAGGAUACCAUCGGCUUUAUGAUCGUACGACUCAUGGAACAAUCAUGGAAGGCACUGGAACUGCAGCCUGGUGAUGCGUGUUUGUGUAAGGAUUACAACAUUCGUGAGGAAUAAAACGAUUAAGAUCCACCAAAAUAA